AUGGCUAGCACCUCUAAGAAUCCCUCAUCACCACCUAAGGGAACCUCACCCACACCAUCUGAUACACCUUCAACUACUCCCAUCUCUAAGAAAGGAAGGGUAAAAAUGAUGGCUCGCAAGGAUGUUGUUGGUGGAGAGAAAACCAAGAAAAUAAAUGAAAAAUUGAAAGCAAGUAGGGAAGAAGAACCCCAAAAAUCUGACGAGUCAUUCAAGUCUGCAACUAAGGGGGAAGAAACGGUUUCUUCUAAGUCUGAACAGGUUUGUUCUAGUUGGAUCUAUGCAGGUGUUGAAACUACUGAGUCUGGAAAGGGUGAAGAAACUGAUGGAGAAAAGCAGAGUGUGAGAGAGACAGGGGGAAGUGGGUCUGGAGAAGUUGCUGAGCGGAGUGAAAUCCCUGGCACUGCUAGGGCAAAUAAGAAGAGAAAGGAUGUCUCUUCUAUCCCUGUAGAGACUCCUCCCACAAGAGGAAGACCUACAAGGAGUCAGAAGAAGCAGAAUGAGGCUGAACUGAAAAAGGCCUUAGAGGAAAGUAAGAGAAAAGCUGAUGCUAAGGGAAAGAAGAAGGUGGUUGAGCCUAUUGAGGCAGUUGAAAUUGAUGAGAUGGACCUGGUCCUUCGAGAUGAAGUGGAGACAGAAGAUGUGGAGGUUAUGACUCCAAAAGCUAAGAAAGUCAAGACUUCCUCCAAGAAGUCUGUUUCAAAAACAAAGUCUGUUGAGCCAUCUACUUUGGCUAAAAGAACCAGGUCUGCAUUGAAAUCAAGAAAAGUGAAAAUUGUAGAGGAAGAAGAAUGGAGUGGAGAAGUAGAAGAAGAAGAAGAAGAAUAUGAUAUUGAGAAGGACAAGAUGUUAAGUUUGGGAAGAGAACCAUCUUGA